UAUUUGGGACUGAGGGAGUACAAGUUUUAGUUCAUCUUUCGUUAGUUAGUUAGUUCUGCAUUUUGCUUUAGUUUCCAAGGAAAGAUGUCGACAACAAUGGAGACAACUAAAAUCAGUCAACAAGAUGAUUUGUGGAAGAAUAUGGAGCUCGGGAAGAUUUCAGAUGAAGAGGUCAGAAGGUUGAUGAAGAUUGGGAUAGAAAAACGUAUCAAAUGGGGUACAAAACCUACUCAACAGGAACAACUUGCUCAGCUCCUUGACUUCAAUAAAUCUCUUCGUGGCAUGAAAAUGGCAACAGAGAUAGACACGUUAGAAAACCAUAAGAUUUAUGAGACACCGGAGUCAUUCAACCAGAUUAUCGGUGGAAAAGAAAGUGCGGGUUUGUUUACUGAUGAAACGACUACGAUAGAAGAGGCAAAUACAAAAAUGAUGGAUCUAUAUUGUGAGAGGGCAGGCUUAAAAGAUGGCCACACCAUAUUAGAUCUAGGGUGUGGAGCUGGGCUACUUGUCCUGCAUCUUGCAAAGAAAUACAAGAAAAGCAAGAUCACCGGGAUUACCAAUACAUCAUCGCACAAAGAAUACAUACUAGAACAGUGCAAGAAUCUCAAUUUAUCAAAUGUCGAGAUAAUAUUAGCAGAUGUUACAAAAGUCGAUAUUGAAAGCACAUUUGACCGUGUAUUCGUCAUAGGAUUGAUCGAGCAUAUGAAGAACUUUGAACUAUUUCUCCGAAAAAUAUCAAAAUGGAUGAAAAACGAUGGUUUACUUUUGCUGGAGCAUUUAUGUCACAAAAGCUUUUCCGACCAUUGGGAGCCACUAAGUGAGGAUGAUUGGUACGCCAAAAACUUUUUCCCGUCCGGGACAUUAGUAAUACCAUCAGCAACUUGUCUUCUGUAUUUCCAGGAGGAUGUGACGGUUAUAGACCACUGGAUUCUAAGCGGAAACAACUUCGCUCGCAGCAAUGAAGUAAUAUUGAAAAGAAUAGAUGGUAAAAUUGAAGAAGUAAAAGAUAUAUUCAUGUCAUUUUAUGGGAUUGGAAGAGAAGAGGCCGAAAAGCUAAUCAACUGGUGGAGGCUACUGUGUAUCACUGCAAAUGAGUUGUUCAAAUACAAUAAUGGAGGAUGUGACGGUUAUAGACCACUGGAUUCUAAGCGGAAACAACUUCGCCCGCAGCAAUGAAGUAAUACUGAAAAGAAUAGAUGGUAAUAUUGAAGAAGUAAAAGAUAUAUUCAUGUCAUUUUAUGGGAUUGGAAGAGAAGAGGCCGUAAAGCUAAUCAACUGGUGGAGGCUACUGUGUAUCACUGCAAAUGAGUUGUUCAAAUACAAUAAUGGUGAGGAAUGGUUGAUCUCACAACUACUUUUCAAAAAGAAAUUAAUGACUUGCAUCUGAGUUGCUCAAUUACAAUAAUGGAGAUCUCCCAACUGCUUUUCAAGAAGAAAAUGACUCUUUGUUUUACAAAUAAAAUAAUAAAAUUUGCGCCACUUGUUUAUUCGUGGCAUGUUAUCA